AUGGCACCUUCAGCCACUCGCCCUCUGUCCAAGGCCGGCUCUUGGUACAAAGGCGACCCAGAUGCCCUCGAUGCCGAGCUCGACAAAUUCCUAGCCGCUGUACCAGACCAGAUUGACGAAAAUGGCCUCCCCAUUCCCGGUGCCAGGGUCAUCAUCGCCCCUCACGCAGGUUACUCCUAUUCCGGCCCAACGGCAGCGUGGGCAUACAAAGCCCUCGACCUCUCCCAAGCGAAACGCGUCUUCCUCCUCGGCCCCUCGCACACCUUCUACCUCCGAGGUUGCGCCAUCACAUCUUUCGAGAAAUAUGCGACUCCGUUCGGUGACCUGACCGUUGACCAAAAGAUCGCGAACCACAUCCGCGACGAGCUCGACAUCCCAGAGCUCCCGGUCAAGAACGACGUGGCAGAGCACUGCCUAGAGUUGCACCUGCCGUUCCUCUUCAAGCGCAUCCAGCAGACUUUCGACUCGCCGGACAAGUACCCCACGGUCAUCCCCAUGCUGAUAGGCGACAACAACAAGGCCGAAGAGAAAGAGGUGGGCAAAUGGCUCGCGCCGUACCUGAAGGACCCCGAAAACGCAUUCGUAGUCAGCUCCGACUUCUGCCACUGGGGCAGCCACUUCGACUACACGGUCUACGCCCCCGACGGCACCCUCUCGAGCCUCCAGCGCCUCCGCCAGUACUCGGGCGUCCCGGACGGCCCGCAGAUCCACGAGACGAUCAAGAUGGUGGACGACAUGGCCAUCGAGGCCAUCAAGACGGGCAGGCACAGCGACUUCUACGACAACCUCAAGCAGACCAAGAACACGGUCUGCGGACGGCACCCGAUCGGCGUGACGAUGGCCGCGCUGGAGGAGCUGGGCGAGGGACACCCGGUGUUCAAGUUCGUGCAGUACCAGCGCAGCAGCAUGGUUACGGACCCGAGCGACUCGAGCGUGAGCUACGUCUCGGCGUACGCCGUGUACGGGUAUGUUUCUCUCUCAGGAGCCGACGGCGCCCACGACGACGAAUACGACCUUGGCCGCGGUAGACUAACAGACUCAACUAAUGACAGAUACGGUGGUCGUCAGAACCCAUUUGACCAGCGCGAUGAUUCGCCUGCGGGAGGAUACGGUGCUCCCCCGAGACCUCCCCAGCAGGGCUUCGGCUCGGGGCCGUCUCCCUACGGAGGUUCCAGAUACAACAACGGACCAGCAAUGGGUAGGGACCAAUACGGUACCAACGUUGAGAUGGAAUCCCUCGCCCAGAACGCCGGCGGCUUCGGCCAGUCUUCCGACCCUAACGCGAUCCUGAACGAAUGCCGAUCCAUCGACCAAGGAGUUGACCAGAUCGAGGCCAACCUGAACCAGCUGCGCAUGCUGCAGGAGCGAACCCUCACCGACGCCGACACCUCCGCCUCGUCCUCCACCGCCCGCCAACUCGACGCCCUCUCCUCCGAGACCAUGACCAUGUACCGCUCCCUCACCGAACGUGUCCGUCAGGUCAAGUCCACCCCCGAAGGCCAGACGCCCAAGAACUCGCCGCAGGUCGGCCGCGUCGACCGUCGCCUCAAGGGCGCCAUCCAGCAGUACCAGCAGGUCGAGUCACAGUUUCGCAAGCGCACCCAGGAUCAGAUGGCUCGUCAGUACCGCAUUGUGCGUCCCGACGCCGACGAGCAGGAGGUCCGCGCCGCUGUCGAAGAUGCCGGUGCCGGUGCCCAGAUCUUCCAGCAGGCCGUCAUGCAGUCUGGCCGCCAAGCACAGGCCAACAGCGUGCUUAGCGCCGUCCAGGAUCGCCAGGCCGCUUUGGAGAAGAUCGAGCAGCAGAUACUUGAGCUCGCACAACUAUUCCAGGACAUGGAUGUGCUCGUCGUUCAGCAGGAGGCCGCCGUCACGCAGAUUGAGCAGAAGGGCGAGGAGGUCGUCGAGAACCUGGACAAGGGAAACCAGGAAAUUGGCGUCGCCGUCGAGACCGCGCGCAAGACCCGCAAGAAGAAGUGGUGGUGCCUGGGUAUCUGCGUCCUCAUCGUCGCCAUUAUCGCCGCCGUCGUCGCAAUCUACUUCGCCGUCAUCAAGCCCGGCCAGGCUGCUGCCCCCGCCGCCGGCAAGCGCGAUCUCAGCCUCGAGGCCAUCCACAACAGCGUACCCAUUGACAUUGGCACUGUUCACCCCCAAAUCCUCAAGACGAGCCGUAUCAUGCGCCGAAUCGUCCAGCCGGGAGCCACCUGGGACCCUAACGCCGUACAAGACUCUGCCGUCGUCGCCCGCGUCGGUGGCAAGUGGGACAUGCCCGCCGUCCGCAACUAG